AUGAUAACCGAAGCUGAAAUUUUUGAUUUCGGCGACCAUACAAGUGAAGCAUGCUAUGUAUGCUCUUGCAGCUCCGAUGUAACAAACGUAGAUUGCUCUCGCAGAGGUUUAACUAGUCUCCCCAAUGGAAUCGAUUCAAAGGUUAUGAAACUUAACAUUUCAAACAAUGAAAUUUCAUCGUUUCCAAGUAAUCUAAGUCGUCUUUAUAAUUUAGUAUCUUUGGAUCUAAGUGGAAACCAUUUAAGUGAUCUACCCAUAGAUGCUUUGCAAAAUCUGACAGCAUUGGAAAUGUUAAAUUUAUCAAAAAAUUCUUUCGAAUCAUGGCUUAGUUUAAAUCCAAAUGAAGUACUUAAACCAGCAAGUAGUUUAAAAAUUUUGGAUUUGUCACAAAAUAAAUUAAAAACUUUGGCAAAUCUUGGAAAUCUAGAACUACUUAUUAGCACAUCAUUAGAAACGUUGAUCUUGGAGAACUGUGAAAUAAAUUCAAUACAUGGAAGAUCACCUCUCAGCGGACUUACUGAUAUAAAAUCUUUGAAAUUAAAUAACAAUCCCUUGUUGCGAAUUCAAAAUUUAAUCUCACCAACUCUUAAGAGUCUUUACGUAAGCAAUUGUCAAUUGAGUUACAUAAGUCACAACGAGUUUGCUUUCUUACCAUCGUUGGUGUAUUUAAAAAUUUCGCAUAACUACCGUUUACAGUUGGCUUCCACAACUGAUACUAUAUAUUCUGACUCUUUGAGAUUUUUGGAUAUUUCAUAUUGUAAUGUAUUUAGACCUAACCUAUCAGGAUUUCCUAACUUAAGAAAGGCUAUAAUCAAAAACAAUAUGAUAAGAUUCUUAAAAAGCAACGAAUUUAUCAAUAAUAGUAAGUUAGAAUAUUUAGAUAUAGCAUACAAUAAUAUAGGUACACUUAAAGGUGACACAUUUCGAGGUUUGGGUAUGCUUAGAUAUUUGGACUUAUCUUGGAAUGAGAUUGCAGAUAUCCCAGAAGAAACUUUUCAAGAGAUGAAAUCGUUAACACAAGUUAAACUAGCUAGAAAUUAUCUAAAUAAAGUUGGACACUUUAAAUCUACGUCAUUAUCAAUACUCGACAUGAGCGCUUGUGAAAUAAGCAUCAUAGGAAAAGAUUCCUUAGAAGGUCUACCUUCACUAGUAGAUAUAAACUUAUCACGUAAUGUUUUAUCAUAUAUUCCAGAUAGCAUAUCAUCGAAUACAUUAAAAUAUUUAAAUUUGAAUUUUAACAGGAUCAGUUCCAUUAACAACUUUACUUUUUUCAUGCUGCCUCGACUUGUUGGACUGAGUGUGAUUGGGAAUAGAUUUACUAACAUUUGGAGCAGAACUUAUUUUAAUUCAAAUCCUUACUUAGAUAGACUAGAUUUAGGAGAUAACAUGUGGAGAUGUGAUUGCUCUGACGAUAAUAUUUGGUUAGAAGCAUGUUAUCUUACGUGGAAUCCUAGUGAAAAAGUUCAUAGUGUUGAUAGUUUAAUAUGGUUCAUAAUUGUUAUGAUCGUUGGGUUAUCAUUCUGUCUCGUAAUAGUUCAUCUCAUAAAGAAAUCAAUGAACCGUCGUCUGGCAGUAAUUCAAGCAGAAAGAGAAAGACAAGCUGAGGAAGCUAGAGACAGACUUAGGCAAUUGAGAAUGCGAGCUGAACAAGAGGCCUUGGCUAAUACACCUGACCCGAGAGAUUUGAUCGCCCCACCGUCUUAUGAUGAAGCUCUCUCCAUGCCAAAGUUAAACAGUUCUUGUCUUUCAUUGAAUGAAACUGGGACGGGAAAAACAAAACGAAGAAGAGGUAGAAGAAAAACUAAGUCAAGUGGAGAUUUAUUAGAAGAGACUGAGAGAAAUGGAGAUGCACGUGUUUUUGAUGAUUUACAACUUGACGAAACACCAAAUGAUAACAACAAACAAAGACGACGUCGCAAUCGUAGAUAUGGUAGCCAUGAUAUAGCUGAACUUGACCAAAGUCCUGGAGCAAGACGUAGAAGGAUGUCAGAAUAUGAUCGAUUGAACGGCACUGUAACCGUAGAAGUGGAAGCCGAAGUAGAGAGACAACUUUUGCCACGAAAUCUGCGACAUUCUGAUGAAGAUCAACCCAGAGAAAGCAACCUAUAA